AUCUCUACAUAUUUAUUUGGGUCCCUUUCCCAUCUUCUGUUUAUUUUUCUAUUUUUGGUUUCAUUCUCAAAUUAUUGCAUUUCCUUUUUUCUCUCAGAGAAAAUAAAUUGCAACUCAUUCUCUUUCUUUCUCACUUUAUUUUCCCGAGAAAAUAAUUAAAAAAUGAAACUUGAAUUUGAGUUUCUCAGUCAUGAAUGGAAAUCUUUUGUUAUUUUGAAUGUUUUUCAAAAAACAUAACUAGUUCGGAGGCGGUUGUAUUUAAUUAAGACCUGCCCAUAUUUUAAUGCCAAUGAGCCAAGCGUGUGGAGACUGUAAACCCUCAGAGAGAGAGAGAGAGUGAGAGUCGCCCACAUUUGCAUAGUGAAUGGGCAAAAUCCCGGCUUUCUCGCUUGAGUGCGGAGUAGAGGGGAGAAAAGUGUUGUGGGUAUCUUUACCCUUUUGAGUUUUGAUAAUCUGUUUCUCUUAAUCUUCAAAUUUCCUACUUUGCUGCUGCUGUACUGUUGAAGAAGGGGAAAAAGGUUUUUUUUUUUCUUUGAUUUCCCCCUUUUUUUAUGUUCUUUUGGAAUUGAAGAGAUGCUUUGUCUUAAAGCAGAAGUCCUCGAUGACCACGACCUUAACAGUAGCAGUAUUUCUACUAACAGUAACAAUGGUGGCGGUGGUGGGUUCGGGUUUAUUCUCCCAAUGAAUCUGGGAAGUUCCAUUCAUAAGUAUUUAUGGAGGAAUGGUAGGUUUUCUAAUCGAUCUGUUUCUUCUGGAGAUGGGUAUCCUCCUUCAAUUUCUGAUUUUGAGGAUAUUAAAACCCCGGAAAAAAGAAGUGGACAGUUGAAAUUUGGAAAUAUGUCUCUUUACAAAUGCCAGCUUGAGGAAGAUGUAAAAAAGUUGCAAGAGCAAUUGCAAGAAGAAAUUGAAUUGCGCCUAGCUCUAGCAAGUGCUGUUGAACACUCUGAUUCAUCCAUCUCUAGUUCGCCUUGUCAGCUUCCAGAUAAGCAGGCCCAAGAGCUUUUGGAUAGCAUAGCUAUUCUGGAGAUCACUGUAUCAAAGCUUGAACAAGAAGCAAUUGCCUUGCAAUAUCAGCUUAGUCAGGAGAAAAAUGAGCGCCAUCUUGCUGAAUGGCGUUUAAGGCGUUUGGCCUGUCGAACAUCACCACCAUUGGAUUCCUCACAUACUUGUUUAACAGAAUUGAUUAGGAGACCUUCCUGCGGAGAUAAUGUAGAAGGGAAAGUGGAGGAUAAGCCCCCCUGGGAUGAUGCAAACAAGCUAAACAGGGUUCAUUUUGUUGAGAAACUUUGGCACUAUCCUAAUCGGCUUUCUGAAGAAAUGGUCUGGUGCAUGAGAGAUAUUUUUGUCUUCUUAGCAGAUUCUUCCAAGCCGUCUUCUUCUGAAUGCAUGGCUUCACCCUCUUCACCUCAGGGGCACCUCUCUUACUCUUCUUUGGCAUCUUUCUCUGAAUCGCCCACAAUGAAUUCGUAUAGGAAGAGUCCGUCUGUUGACAUGGAACAAGGUUCUGAGGUCUCUCCAAGAUAUUGUAAAAUUGACCCAUAUAUUAUUCCCGGUAAGGUAGAUUGGAUACAAGGCAUUGGAGCUUACAGUACAGCAGUUGAGGUCUCGUGGUUGUCUGUUGGGAAGAAGGAACUUGAGUAUGCUUCUGGGGCUCUCAAAAGAUUUAGGUUGCUUGUUGAGCAGUUAGCUGAAGUUGACCCAUCUUGCCUGAGUUGCACUGAGAAGCUAGCAUUCUGGAUUAAUGUGUACAAUGCUUUGAUCAUGCAUGCCUUUCUAGCAUAUGGAGUUCCAAGAAGUGAUAUUAAAUUAUUUUCCUUAAUGCAAAAGGCUGCUUACACCAUUGGUGGGCACACAUUCAGUGCCGCUGACAUUGAGUUCGUGAUUCUGAGGAUGAAACCACCGGCUCAUCGGCCGCAAAUUGCCUUGCUACUUGCUCUUCAAAAAUUUAAGGUAUCUGAGGACCAGAAGUUUUCCAUUGAUCUACCUGAGCCUCUGCUGGCUUUUGCUCUGAGUUGUGGGAUGCAUUCUUCCCCUGCAGUGCGAAUUUUCAAGCCUGAAAACGUGACCGAGUUGCUGAAAACUUCAUUGAAGGAUUAUGUUCAAGCGUCUGUUGGUAUAAGCAGUAAGGGUAAACUAUUGGUGCCAAAAUUGUUGUAUUGUUUCGCCAAAGGCAUAGUAGAUGACUUGCAGCUGCCUGAGUGGAUUUGUCAGUUCCUGAACCCAGAGCAAGCUUCCAUGGUUAAAGACAUUUCAUCUAAACACAAGUGGAGGCUACUUGGUGCUCGAAGUUUCUCGGUCAUACCUUUCGAUUCAAGGUUCCGCUUUCUCUUCAUAUUAUAGCAAGUGGAUGAAAGUUUUGAAAGUUGUCUUCAGCAUGCAAUCCAUGGAAAUGUGGGGUCAAGCUUGUUACCAGUUGAUCAAUUUCCCUUGAUAGACAGGAGGUUUGCCACACACAAGAUUUCAUAAAAGAUGCUCAUUCACUGCUCUUAAAAAGUGAAUUUUAUGAAAAGAAAUUUAUUGUAUAGUCAUACAUUCCACCAAUAAAUAUUCUAUCCUUAAUUUUACAGUCUAUAGUUGAGUAGGAUCUGUAUCAGAACUUGGUUGAAUUGUGUUUCAAGCAUGAUCAUAGCGCAUGCAAGUUUUGUAAGAUAAAAAGUUAUCCUGUGCAUCUUUUAAGAAUCUGAUUGCUCAUAAA